AUGAAAUAAAUGAAUAAUUUCAACUAAUAGUUAUAAUUAGAUACAAUAGAAGUGAUUGACAAUUUAGAAACAUUAAAAAAAGUUAUUAAAUAAAAGGAUAUUUAAAUAAAAAAUAUGGAAACAGAAUUUUAGGAGAGAUUGAAUACAUUUUAAUUAGCUGUUGCAAGAGAUUAAGAUGGAUUAAAAUAAGACAUAAUAUCAUUUUUAUUAAAAGAUAAUGAAUAACAAAAAAAGAUUGAAUAACUACAUAUAAAUUAUGAAUUGUAUGCUUGAAUAAUUAUUAUUUUAAGAUUGCAAAAUUAAUUAGAAGAGACAUUCUAAGAAAGUAAUAAUAAAAUUAAGACUUUACUUGAUAUAAAUGACAAAAAAGAUCAUGAAAUACAACAACUUAAAUAAUAAAUAAGAGACAAUGAAGAAAGGGUUAAUUAACUUAGAAAAAAUUCAAUUUCAAAAGAUAGAAAUAUGUUUGAAACAGAAACUGUUAUUAAUAAAAAAGUUCUUGAUCUUUAAAAAAGAGAAGCUGAUUUAACAUUUAAAUUAAAACAAGCUUUAGAUAAAGUAAAUAUGAAAUCAAAUUAUUAAUUAGAAUGAAUAAUUGUAAAACUAUUUUGAAAAUUAUUAAAGUGAAAAGGAAGUUAAAUUAAUCAAAUAAGUUGAACAUCUUAAGAAAUAAAACACUUCUUAAUUAAAUAAUAUAUCAUCAAAUUAUGAGGAUUAAGUUAAAACAUCAAAAGAAGUUAUUGAAUAAUUAUAAGAACACAUUCUCAAUUAAAAAGAAAGAUUCACCUUUAUUUAAGAUGAAAAUUCAAAGUUAAAAUGUGAAGUCGAUAUAACAAAUGCUAAAAUUAAUUGUAAAUGCUUUAUAAAUCACUUUAGAAUUAUUAACAAUAAUUGAUAAACUUUAAGAAACAGAAGCCUUACAUGACCAUACAAGAAAAGAAUUAUAAUAAGUUGAAGAUGGUAAAAAAUCAUUAGAAAGAAAUUAUAAAUUGUAAUUAAUACAUUUAUUUUUUUAGAGAAAUCUAAGCUUUAUAAAUCUAAUUGGAGGAAGCUACCAAAUAUAUUGAUUUAACUACCAAUCUUCAAUAGAAGCUUAAUAAAAAAGAUUUAAAGAUAUCAUCUUUAUAAAAUGAAAAUCAAGAAUUACAUUAAUUGGUUUAAGAUUUAAGAUUAUAAGUUUCAUCUGUUGAAUAACAUUUUUAAUUAAAUGCUGAUGAAUAGAGAAAAGCUAACGUAUUAUUAUCAAAUAAAGAAUAUGAACUUUAAACAAUUAUUGAAAGUUAAGCUCAGAAUUUUAUUGAACAAGAAUAGAAAUUAAAAUAAAGUUAUGAAGAAUUAUGGUUAGAUUACUAAAAUUUAUAGUAUGCUUAUGAAUUAUUAAAAUAAAAGAGUGGGGAAGAUUCAUUUAGAUUAAAAUUAUAUAAAACUAAUGAAAAAAAAGGCAGUAGAGCCAUUCAUGGUAGUCAAACAAGAAUGACAAUAGCUGAAAGAGAUCAUUAAUAUAAUAAGGAAACUAUUAAAAUCAAUGAUGAUGACUUUUUAAAAACAUUAGAAAACUAUUAAAAUUAGGAUUAAGGAAAGUAGACUAAUAAAAAAUUAGAUAGAAAUGUAUAUGUAAGAAGAGUUUGA